CUACAGACUGGAGGUGGAAGGUGGCGAGUCUAGGAGACCGCAGAUAAUGGAAGGCGCAUGCGUUCCAGGGGCGGUGCUGCGAGGCUUCGGGAAUUCAGUAGGGGCGGGGCGGAAACGGGCUGGUGGGCUGGCGCACGCGUAUUGGGCCGCCAACGUCCCGCCUCCUUUUUUAGGUUUCCUCACCUCCUCCGCCACUCUUCCGGAAGUGCCGCCGCCCUCGCGCCCACCAGCGGCCACCCCCUGCGGCAGGCCCCGCCCCCUACCGGCUCCGCCCCCCAGCUCUCCGCCCCCUCCUCCGGUGGUGGCGCCGGCUUGCAACCCGGAUCGUGGUGGUUUCGGUGCCCGAAGCCGGGAGCGCGGAGUCGUUCCCGGAGCGAGGCCAGGCUAUGGUCGCGGGUCCCCGGCGUCCCGCUCCGGCCAACCAGAGUCCCUGUCUCAGCUUGUGCCCGUGCCUGAGCGGUCUCCUCAGCCCAGCUCCGCGGUGCGGUUGGCGGCGGCGGCGCCCGGCGCGCCCCCUCCUCCGAUGGCGGCGGAGAUCCAGCCCAAGCCGCUGACCCGCAAGCCCAUCCUGCUGCAGCGGGUCGAGGGGUCCCAGGAGGUGGUGAAUAUGGCCGUGAUCGUGCCCAAGGAGGAGGGCGUCAUCAGCGUCUCGGAGGACAGCAGGCAUUCAUCGAGUUCACGUCACUGUAUUAUACCUGUAGAAGUGGAAGAGAUUUGUCUGUGUGUAGCUCUUUUUAAGAAUGUUGCUGGAAUUCCCCUGAACACAGAACAUCACAGUUGUAGAAGAUGGGAGGCUUGCCAGAGCCAAAGCAUGAAGGCUUGGGGUGCCGCCUCCCUGCCUGUCGCCAUUGUGAACGCCGGAAGAGGGUGCCUUGAGGAGGGAGUGAGCAGCGCCACAGACCUUUGGUCAGGCAGCGGUCACAGGAUUGCUGGGGCUUAUCCACCUCUGGACCGUUCGUGUAUGGCUGAAGAGAGACAGUGGACAAUAUUGGCCAAGCAUAUACCAUAUGAUGCCUUGUAAGUAUCUGGAUCUCUGUCUUUAGGAAUUAGACAUGGACCACUUCCUUUCCAAAUUGCCUUCUCUGUGUUUCCUUCUUGAGUGGGGAUGUCUGAGGGUUGAGAUUAACCUUAUAAUGGAAAGUACCAUAUUAAAUCAUUUUAGCUCUCAGUAUGUAAAAUAGGAAAAUUGUUCUGAAAUUGACCAUAUAUUCAUAGUUUCUGAAUAAGAUUAAUGGAAGACGGGCUAUAGGACAUCGGCUUUCUGAUUACAGCUGUCUCCCUCCUUUCCAACUUUUUGUUUCACUUUCUUGUGGAGUUCUCGCUUCGACAUUUAAAAUUUUGCCUGGUGAUUACCUUUGUGAAGUAAAUUUGUUCUUGCACUAUUGUUAUAUUAUUCAUUCAAAUACAAGACAUUCAGCGUUGACUGUUUGGUGCCCACAAGGGCUUGCUUACAAUUGAAACAUUCUAAGUAGAAGUCAGCCUCAUGUCCUCAAGAUUUUAUAUGCGAAAUACGUCCUUGUGCCGAUAAAUAGCUAAUCUUUAAAUAUAUUAUAAAACAUCCUUAGAUUUGAUUCUUAGACUUGUGUGCUGGCAGAAGUUCUCCUACAGAAGAGCUAGCACCUCUAAAUAGGAAAUAUCCUUUUAGCCUGGCAUUUUGUCUUUAAAAAGUGAUGAAGUUUGGGGAUCCUAUUCCAUGUUUAUUUGAGUAUAAAAUAGUUAUUUAAUUUUGUUAUUAGUUAUAUUAUUCAACGUUUCCCUGACUCUCCUUCAAAUCUUAAUUAAAACUGACACCCUAGAACAAUCCCUCAGGUUUGUCCUUUGGGCCUGUGUCCCCUCCGGCUUGCUACAGCGUGCACCCCGUCCCUGGAUACAGGUACCCCAGUUUGAGAAGUAUGUGCCAUGGUGUACAACCGGAAUAAAUUCAUGCUGAAUUAUAGAUGUGAUUAAGUUUAUGCCUCUGGCAAAAGAAUGCUGUAAUAACUUAAAUAGCUAUUUUGCUUGUUUAUGAACAAAUGAAUUAUUAAGGAUAUAAUGGGUUUCUGUGAUUUUCAAAUUACCUUUGAGGUUUUGUGUGGCUUUAGAAUUUUAUAACAAACAAGUGAUAACCACAAAGCUGAACCAAGUGGUCAGUCCUGCAUGAGGGAAGAAGAAACUUCUUGUGGUUCUGAGGACUUGUAUUGGCCCCUUAACCUGUUGAGCCUCCAGCAGACAGCAUUUAUGCAGCAAAGGGCCUAGGUGAACUUCCUCUUUAAGCGGUGGCAGUGACGAGGGCUCAGGCAGAAGGAAAGGGAAAGGAAUUCUCUGAUUGUUUUUUCUGAUCUUUGAGUGGUAUAGCCAGUCUUUUCUACGAUCUUCCCUUUUCAUCAAACCUGACACGGUAUCUGACCGGAGGAGUGGGGAAGGUCUGUAGUCCGGCAAGUUGAAGUUGACUCUAGAGAUCUGUUACUACCUUGACUAUGAAGACAGAGGAGGGUCAGACCUGGGCAGAAAGAUGAGGGCUCAGGGAUGGUAAGCAAGGAAUCUUCUUGAGAUGAACUUGAGUAGGAACCUCAUGGAGACAGGAUCCUAAGCAAUUGCUUAUGCGCCCCCUUCCCUAUACACACAUCUAAACCUGUUUUGCUGUCAUUCUGUGAUGCUGUCUUUAUUUGAAUGUCACUGAGAAUACAGAGAUGCCUCUCGUUGCUUUUUUAUCAUUUAUUCAGCUGUGUGAAUGACUAAAGGCUGCUGUGGCUCCUACACCCGGCAAAAGUGCUCAGUACAUCAAUACUUAUUGACGACUUGAAUCUGAUAAUACAGAUAGGUCCCUGAGAACAUUAUCAUACAUAUUCCUAGUGACUGAACACAGUCUUUGAGAUUCAGAAAGAGGACCCUUUCAUUAUUUGUGUAUUUUGUCUGUGGACUUCCAUAAAGGGAGUGGAAAGGGCAUUACUUUGCUAUUAAAAUGUAUGUGAACCAGCAGCAUUAAGGUCACCCUAGAACCUACCAAAAAUACAAGUAUUGGGUACCAUGCUAGAUCUAUAGAAUCGGAAUCUGCAUUUUUAAUGAUAUCCCUAGGCGAUUUGAAUGCAUUUUAUUUAUUUAUUUAUUUAUUUAUUUUUUAACAUUUAUUUAUUUUUGAGACAGAGAGAGACAGAGCAUGAACGGGGGAGGGGCAGAGAGAGAGGGAGACACAGAAUCAGAAACAGGCUCCAGGCUCCGAGCCAUCAGCCCAGAGCCCGACGCGGGGCUCGAACUCACGGGCCGCGAGAUCGUGACCUGAGCUGAAGUCGGACGCUUAACCGACUGAGCCACCCAGGCGCCCUGAAUGCAUUUUAAAGUGCAUUGAGAAGAGUGUCUUCUGACAUGAUAGCCAACAUGCUGAUCUAUUUUACACAUGAUUCUAUGAGCACAUACAAAAAGCCUCAUGCAUGUAUCGUAUUGAUUUCUACAUACUUAGAUAUAAGUGCACAUUCUAGUGGGUCACAUAUUUAUUGUGCACCUGCUGUAUCCAGGCCACUGAGCUAGUUGCCAGGGUUUGCAGAUAAUUAAGGUGCAUGUGGUCAAGAUGAUUUCCAUAAUCUUUCAUUGUUGGAUAACUCCACUACUGUGGAGAAGUAAAAAGAACUAUAUGUUCUUCACAAUUGAUCAGAAAUUGGCUUUUAUGUUCCUAGGAGUUGAAUGCACUUAGAUAACAUGGUAACUAAUAUUUGAGCAAGAGUCAGUUUUAUUUAACUUGAGAGAGGCAGAAUCUUGUUGCAUAAGGAAUUAUGCUAUGUUUUUGGACACUUAGAAAACCUGAAAUAGCUUUGAAUUUCCAAAGGUUUGUUUUUCAGUUCUUCCUAUUGAAAGGUAUUUUGUUAAGAGAUUACUUAGUUUUGUCCUUAAAUAAUGGUUAUCUGGUACUAGUUACAAAAUAAGUAAAAAGAUACAGUAUGUCUGGAGGCUAUGACAUGGACAUCACAAGGCACAUAUGACCAUAUAAUGUGUUUAUAGUGGCAUAUAAUAAGUAGUAUUCCAAAUCCAGAAGAAAACAUAAAGAAAAUAUCUUUACGUGUAAUAUAUGGCUUACUUGUUUAUUUCAUUUAUUAAAAUUUAAUAUAGUAUUUGUCAUGUUCCGGGUAGGAUAGUACUGUUCUGUAGCAGCGAGAAGAAUUUGAAGGUUAAUGGGUGGGAAGAAGGGGAAGGCAUUGGAUGAAAAAGAAUGAAUAGUGGAGGCAGAGUUUGAUGGUUGGGAGAGAGCCUGAAAAGCAGGGAUUUAUGAUAAGGCUGGAUGAACUUGGGGGUGUGGUACACAAGGGAAGGGUAAGGAGCAGGCACAUCGUGCUUUGGGGGUGUCCUCAGACCCGAUCUUUUCUGAGAAGCUCUGACUUCCCCUUUAGGAGGGAAUGAGGAGAGGCCAGACUUGCCUGGUUAAGGCUGUUUGCUCCUGAGCCAACCUGAUUUUCCCAGAAUUUAGAAUUUGGAGUAGGAAAUGCUAAGUUUCAGCCUUGGCUGGUCCCUUGAGCUGGGAAUAUGUAGACCCAGCUCAACAGUGAAAGCUGAUCCGCUUAGAAGGAAGUAUGAAUCAGGGAGGAAGGACCACUUGGCUCAAGAGAGAGAGAAGCCUAAACAGAUGACGCCUGAGGCUUUUCUCCUCCUCCCCUCCAGAACCCUGGCUCUGCUUCUGCCUUUGAGUUCAAGAGAUUCCCUCUUUUACUGGAUACAUUCAUUAGUGCUUCCUUUCAUUCCAGUGGGUUUCCGUCACUCCUAACUGCAAGUAUCUAACUCAGCCUAGCCCAGAUUGUAUACCUCUGAAUUCCUGUCCGUUCAGUUUCUCCUGGAUCUCUAUGAUCUUUAAAGAGAAAGGACUGAGCCGUGUCUCGAUUGGUGCCACUGUGGUGCUGAGCUGCAGAUUGUCUGCGAAAAGUGAGGGUGAGUAAAGAAAAAAAGCAGAGAGAAAUAUUUAUUCCAUUUAAUUUCUUUGGACAGCUUAUUCAACAAAUUUUAAAUGUUUCUGCCAUACUAAACACCGUGCAACGUCCCAAGAAUAUAGUGGCGAGAUAGGGCAGAUGAUUCCUGUCUUCAUGGUGUGUACGGUGGGGAAGGCAGACCUAAAAUAAGCCCCACUCAUGCUGUGUGGUGAGUGUUGUCACAAGAAGCAGGUGUAAUGGAAACAUGCUCACAAAGGUUCCCAGAAGGAAGUCCAUUUAAAACCCUGCCGUCUCUAGAGAAUUUGGGGUGACUGGUGACUUGUUGUGUAGUUUCCUAUGUGCCGAUUUUUAUGGAUGAGUGAGAAAUAAGAGCGUUUCCUUAUCUAAUAUUCUUCCAGAAAAUAACAUCCUCUUGAUGUAUCUCCUGUAAUAGCUGCUUAUUGCCUGUGACAAGAUCAAAUUACCCUGUGCCCAACUGGGACCUGCUUGAGCUUGGAAACCGGAGAGGGGCCUUUCUGAGGGUGUAGAGUUGAGGUUUCAGUUGUAGCCAUUAGUGAUUAUCUGUUCCAGGCUUCUAGUAGAUACCAUUUCAACCCCUGCCUUUGCAUCUCUCUACAGCAGGAAAAACAAAACAAAGAAUGAAAAGCAUAGGUAUUCCCAUUUUCAUGGUUGAGUUAUUUUAGAUUUACUUUUUUAACUAGGUUUGCCAUUCAUGGGGUCAGACAGAGGGGUGGAGGAGAGAAAUCUCAAACAGGAGCCAAAGUGGCAGGUGUUUGAGAUUUCGCUUACUCGAUUAAAGUAUUGGGUAUCGUGUCUGAGCCUCUAUUGCCAGCUUUCCCCCUUGGGCAUGCAGAAUAGGUAAAGCAGUUCAGCUGCCAAAGAUGUGGUGAAUAGGAGGUUGAGAGGCCCAGAGCCUCAGGACUGAGGGUGUGUUGGACAAUUGGAAACCUCUGUGGGUUCUAUAGUUGCCAGGGCAGAUGAAAUUUACUUUGGCUCCUAAGCGCUUAUGAAUUUGUCCCCAAAGCAAAACAGACAGUUUAUCAAAGAUAAAUACAAAUAAAAGGCACACCUAACACGGAAAUAAAAUGACCUAUUUUUCCAGCUCUCUGCCUUGGCGUGGUGGGAUGGCAUUUGCCCAAUCUGGAGUUGUGCUGGGGCCCCCUCGUUCUGAUUGUUCAUUGAUACAGUUUUCCCACUUUGUGUUAGCCUUCUGCAGAAAUGCCUUCAUUCUACGUGCCCUCGGCUCGCACUGGUGUGUGCAUAUAUGCAAUGCUUUAUGGCUGUUUUUGAAGAAAUUGUCUACUGUAAUGCUCAGUGCUCCUUUGAAGAAGCGCUAAGAGGGCCAGAAACCCUUUGCUUUCUCUAAGACAGAAAUUACCAGCCCAUGUGCUGGAUCAUGUUGGGAUCAUCCAAAUGGAUUACAGACCCUGAGAACUGGUCUCCUUAGCUGCGCAGGGGAAAUCCAGUCGUCUGGGCUGUAGGAAUCUCUUCCAUUUAUUCCAGUGGCUGUUCAGAUCUAGUUUUCUGUAUAUCAUGAGGUGAAAAAGGUUGGGAGGGACAGCUCUAAGGACCCGAUUCAUGGUCCUUAUGGAUAAUGUGACACAUGGAACCUAUCGUUUGCCAACAGAUCUUUAUUCCAAUUUUCUUUCUGUUCUUACACCUGUUUUCCUUGUCAUGACUUUUUGCUUAUUUCUAUGAUUUGGUUUUAUUGUAUCUACUUUUAAAGUCUCUUCAAAUUCUUUGUGAAAUGAGGUGGGGAAUGCAUUAAAUGAAUUAUCUUAUUAGUUAAAACAAAUAGAGAGAUGAAGUUUGGACAUAGACAUACUAUUUACCUUAAAUUCACCCAAAAAUAUGUAUUUUUUUUAAUGUUUUCAAAAUAGCUUGUAGGUUAGAACCUGUGCCAGGGUGGGAAACUGGAAUUUGAUUUUCGUUUUUGAUACCAAUUUGCUGAGUCACUUCAGGCAAGUCCUGUACAUUUUUCUCUACUCUGAAGCCCGGUGAAUACACUGUCAUUUCCUUUGAUCUCAGAUUUGCAAAAACAUUUUUGGUUAUGAGAUGUAUUAAAUAAGUAAUUUGCACUUUCAGGUUCUUGGUAUUUAGCAAUAUAUAUACUGUUAUUGCUGAUCUUAACCCAACGGGGAUUUGUGAGGUUGUGGCUGGAUUGGCUUCCUUUUCCUGUGUGUUGGGACUUCAGUCCUGCAGCGACAGAUAACUUGAAAUUGAGGCUUUAGAAAAUUAGAAUGAUUAAUAUGUUCAUAUGCUUUAUACCUAGGAUGGAAAUGACUUAUUUUGUAUGUAUAUUGCAAAUGUCCAUUUGCCCAUUGGUCAAAGGAGAACUUUCUGUAAUUUAAGACUUUGUAUGGAGCUCGUUGUGCGUUGUCCCACGUCUUCUGGGUUUAUUAGAGUUUUGGGGCCAAAUCCAUAUGGAUAGAUUAGUGGUUGAAAGGUAUUUAAAAUAAUGAAUUUAAAAUAAUGAAGUUCUGUUUUUAUCAGGUAGUGAUUAUUUUGGUGACUUUUAGACAACAUCUUUAACUCCAUCAAGGGACUUUCUUGGCGGACUAGGGGAUUUGGGUAUAAUUGGGAAGUGCUCAUCCUAAUAUUUUAUACCUUAUUUCAAUUUACUCCUUGGUUCCUUUCUUGGUUUCUUUCGGUGUAGGUUAUAUUAUAGAACCACAUGUAAAACCAGUUUACUGUUUUUACUAUUUACAUUUUCAAAAAUAAUUAUGUAAUCUGAUAUUUUAGUUCUGUACUUACUAAGAAGAAAAUGUGCUUAAGGAACUUCUGAUUUUUAAUGGAAAUGAAGAUGUGGAUUAUCUAAGCUAAAGAUAACAGAUGUCAAUUAAUCUGAAUAAUUAUAACAUUUACUUAGCAUACUCUUGUUUGAUUUUCAUAUGACAGAGUAUGUUAAAAUUUACUGUACUUAGAUCUUAAACUUGUAGUGAUAACUUAAAACUUGUCGGAGAGAAAAAAUGACCACUGAUAAGUCACUGUGAUUUUGCUGAUGUUACCCAGACUAAAUUAAAAGAAAACAAGGGGUUUAAUUUUAGUAGAGUGCCUAAAAUAGUUGAUUGAAAUGAAAAAUGCUUUUUAAUGCUAGGCAGUUGAAGUCCUACAUCUACGUGUUCUUAAUAUAUUAAGUAAAACACGGUUGAGCAUUAUAAACCUAAUAAAUACUGAGUUGUGACAACCAGGACUGAAGGAGAUCGUGUCUGUGGGUGAGAUCUCUGCUGUGCAGUGGUGGGGUGCUCCUGGAAGUCCUCUUAUUGGAGGAUCCCGAUAUCUGACUUGAUCAGGGUGUGUUUAACACCUGAAGUUCUGCUCACGGAAGUGCCGCUGUUUGUUUAGUUUCCAAGUGACCACUGGAACAUCCCGUGAAGAUCAGUGUGGGCUGACGAGCAGUGCCUUUGCCGUUGUACAGCGCUCAGUGUGCUGGAAAUCCGCAGCUCAACCUUCAGAGAAACUUGUGUUUAUUUGAGCAAAGGUCAACCAAUAAGCAAAGGACAGAAAAUAAAUCAGCCACAAAAUGAAGGAGUUCUAGGUAUGAAUAACAGAAAAUAGGUAACUUUCCCCCCAGUAGGAGUAUUUUGAGAAUGCCUUCUCUCAACUAUAUAUACUCCUUUUAAAAAGUAGGAGCAAGGGGGGCACCUGGGUGGCUCGGUCGGUUAAGCGACCGACUUCGGCUCAGGUCAUGAUCUCACGGUCCGUGAGUUCGAGCCCCGCGUCGGGUUCCGUGCUGAUGGCUCAGAGCCUGGGGCCUGCUUCGGAUUCUGGGUCUCCCUCUCUCUCUGACCCUCCCCUGUUCAUGCUCUGUCUCUCUCUGUCUCAAAAAUAAAUAAACACUAAAAAAAAAAAAAAAAAGUAGGAGCAAGGGGCGCCUGGGUGGCUCGGUCGGUUAAGCGGCUGACUUCGGCUCAGGUCAUGAUCUCACGGUCCGUGAGUUUGAGCCCCGCGUCGGGUUCUGUGCUGACAGCUCAGAGCCUGGAGCCUGCUUCCGAUUCUCUGUCUCCCUCUCUGUCUGCCCCUCCCCUGUUCAUGCUCUGUCUCUCUCUGUCUCAAAAAUAAAUAAACGUUAAAAAAAAUUAAAAAUAAAAUAAAAAGUAGGAGCAAUAAAUAUACUUUUUGAGACCACUUGAGGGGUAAAAGUAUUAGAAAUACAAGCAGCCAGUUUCUCCGUAAUCCACUUAAUUACUGACUCUGUUGAGGUUGAUGUGGGAUUCUUGAGUUUCCUUUGUCUAGGGCUUAUAUCUCUUGAGCUUUUCCUCCUUCAAAUUAUAGUCAUUAAUAUAAUCACCCAGACUGGGGUUUCUCUUUAUUUUAGUUUUCCCUAAACCUUAAGCUGACUACCUGCCUGAAAUUACAAAGAUUUCAUUUUAAAAAUGCUCGAUAUUAUGAAAGUGUUUAAUUUUUAAAAUAAGGUAUUAACAAGCCAUCAAGGUCUAAAGUCCUGGUACUUACAUAAGAGAUUAUUAUUUUUCAGUACUCACAGGCCUGCACAAAUUUCUUUUCCAUCUUCUUUGUACCUUUUAUUAUCUUGCUUCCUAAAAUUCUGCCAAAUACACUUCUUCUGUCUGUCCUCAGUCUGAAACAGCAAAGAGGGGUGGCAAGUCUUAAUCAGAUAGCAUGGAAAUGAAUUCUUGUACUAUUUUAUUGAGAAAUAAACUGUGGGCAUUUUUUUUUCCUUAGGUUUUAAUAGAAAUGUGGGCGGAAAAAUAGGAAGCUAAUGGUUGAACAUCAACAGACCAGUGGCAAGGCCUUGAUUUUCACUUACUGGGUUUGUGUAGGAGCAGUCCCAGGCAAACCACAUACAGAUGAUGUAUAUGGGAGGCCUUGGCAGAUGGGGGGUCACCCCACAAAGCUUACGAAGUGUGGUUAUCCUUUCUUGUGGGGAAACACUUAAAGGUGGAGGAAGUAAAUAUAUCUUCAUGUCUUGUAUCACGGUGUGUUUAUCUCAUCUAGAGUUCGAGGAUGCAGUUUUGAUGGAGGUGGUCAGUGGAGGGACUGUAUUUUAAUUUUUUGGGUCUGGUCAGACAUUUCACUGAGCCUUUGGAGAAAGCCAGUGCAAGGUGGGCAUAUAGAAGUCUCUCGGCCAUUUUGUCUCUGACCUCAACUUUCAGCCAUCAGAUAGAGCAAUUAUUUCCUUAUUGACUUAUGAAUUAUUAGUUUCACAUCAUUUGAAGCUGAAUUC